UUUCGCAGCCGGAAGUGGAGUGACGCAACCCGGAAGGGACCGUCUUCGCAGGCGGCAGUGUUGAUGUUUCGUGGUGGCUGUGGCGUCUCCACCGGAGAGGGAGAGUGGUCAGCGGGAAGAUGGUGUGCGAGAAAUGUGAAAAGAAACUUGGUACUGUUAUCACUCCGGAUACGUGGAAGGAUGGUGCAAGGAAUACUACAGAAAGCGGAGGAAGAAAGCUGAAUGAAAAUAAAGCUUUGACUUCAAAAAAAGCAAGGUUUGAUCCAUAUGGAAAGAAUAAAUUCUCCACCUGCAGAAUUUGUAAAAGUUCUGUGCACCAGCCAGGCUCUCAUUACUGCCAGGGCUGUGCCUACAAAAAGGGCAUCUGUGCAAUGUGUGGAAAAAAGGUUUUAGAUACCAAAAACUACAAGCAAACAUCCGUCUAGCUCGGUUGAUGAAGCUUCUGACUUUGUAAUUUUACUUUCUUAUUUGAGUUUUCGAGGGAAAACAGGAUGUUCAGAUGUUCAGCUUACAAAAUAACAUGUUUUAAAAUAAAUAAUUUACUUUAAACCAAGGAAGUUGAUUGAUAUUCAGGCUUUAACUCAGUAGUACUGAGCAGCAGCCUGAGAGCCUUGUUUUGAACUAGAAUCGGUGACAAAGUUGCAGAGAACAGACCCUCCCAGGCCUGUGUGUGCUGCUUAUGUAACAUUAUUCAUGGAAUCCAUGCCCUCCCUCUACCCAUAGAUGUUAUCAAAGGGAGGUGGAGCUUCUUGAUACUUUGCUCUGAACUUAACAUUCAGACUUUUAAUUCUUCCCUCCUUCAUAUUUCUUCGAGUCAGCAGCCACUUCAUUAAUUGCGGUUUCAUAGGAUAUUUAAAUGCUUGAGGCGAUUAUUGCCAAGUGCUUCCUUAGAAAUUUAGUUCUGAACCAAAUCAAAGACAAGAACUUUGUAAAAGAAAUGUGUUAUUAAAGCCAGAGUUGCAGUGUCUUCUAUCAGUGAACAAGAAAAGAAAGAACACCUUUAUGUCCAAUUGAAUAUGCACAUGCUGGAUUUCAGAAACACAUACUGCACAGAAGACUCUGAACUCAGACUGUCACGAAAACUGCGCAUCCAUGUUGAUGUGUCAUGAAAAUGAAUUCUCCACUCCUAGGGAAACUCUGAAGCAAAAGCGAACUUGUUUUUUUUAAGUCUCUCCCCGGCCCCAAAGAAAUAAAUAAAACAAAGCAAACAUCCCAA